UUGAAUAUAUGAUUUUAGCAACUAUCAUAGCUAACUGCAUCGUACUGGCUAUGGAGCAACACUUACCCGUGGGGGACAAGACACCAAUGUCGGAACGUCUGGAUGACACUGAACCCUAUUUUAUUGGAAUUUUCUGUUUUGAGACGGGGAUUAAAAUCAUCGCCUUGGGAUUUGCCUUUCACAAAGGAUCCUAUUUGCGGAAUGGCUGGAAUAUCAUGGAUUUUGUGGUUGUGUUAUCAGGCAUUGUGGCAUCUACAGGCCCAGAGUUUGAUCUGAGGACCCUCCGAGCUGUACGUGUCCUGCGACCCCUCAAACUGGUUUCUGGGAUUCCAAGUUUACAAGUUGUGCUGAAGUCGAUCAUGAAAGCCAUGAUCCCUCUGCUCCAGAUUGGACUGCUGCUCUUCUUUGCUAUCCUCAUCUUUGCCAUCAUUGGCCUCGACUUCUACAUUGGCAAAUUCCACACAUCCUGUUAUGACAUGGCUGGAGAAGAUAUAAGAGAGGAGGUUCUCUGCGGCAAUGACAGCUCCUCUCGUCGCUGCCCUGAAAAUACGCAGUGCCUGAGCAAAUGGGAGGGUCCUAAUAAUGGAAUCACGCAGUUUGACAACAUUCUGUUUGCAAUUCUCACAGUAUUCCAGUGUAUAACUAUGGAGGGAUGGACAGAUAUCCUGUAUUAUAGUAACGAUGUGUUCGGCAGCGCAUUCAACUGGCUUUAUUUCAUUCCCCUCAUCAUCAUUGGCUCCUUCUUCAUGCUAAAUCUUGUCCUUGGUGUCCUUUCUGGGGAGUUUGCCAAAGAGAGGGAGCGCGUGGAGAACCGCCGAGCCUUCAUGAAACUGAGGAGGCAGCAGCAGAUUGAGAGGGAACUGAAUGGCUAUAUGGAAUGGAUCUCUAAAGCAGAAGUCAUCCUUGCUGAAGAUGAUAGUGAUAUUGAGCAGAGACUUCCUUAUGAUGGAGCCCUUCGGAGACCCACUAUCAAGAAGAACAAGACAGAACUGCUGAAUGCUGAGGAGGGGGAAGAGGCCAUUGGGGACAUAGCUUCUGUGGGCUCCCCUUUUGCACGUGCCAGCAUUAAAAGUGCCAAGAUGGAGAACUCAUCAUACAUGCACAAGAAGGAGCGUCGCAUCCGUUUCCUGAUUCGACGCAUGGUGAAGACUCAGGCCUUUUACUGGGUUGUUCUGGGUCUUGUGGCACUGAACACGCUGUGCGUGGCAAUUGUGCACUAUGGCCAAGAUGACCGGCUUUCCGAAUUUCUCUAUUAUGCAGAAUUCAUAUUCCUUGGGCUCUUUAUGUCCGAAAUGUUUAUAAAAAUGUACGGUCUUGGGACCAGGCCUUAUUUUCAUUCAUCGUUUAACUGCUUUGACUGUGCCGUAAUCACCGGAAGCAUCUUUGAGGUGGUUUGGGCAAUGGUGAAGCCUGGAACCUCCUUUGGGAUCAGCGUCUUAAGAGCCCUUCGCUUGCUGCGUAUCUUCAAAGUUACAAAGUAUUGGGCUUCUCUCCGCAAUUUGGUGAUCUCCCUACUCAGCUCAAUGAAGUCCAUUAUCAGUCUGCUCUUCCUGCUCUUCCUUUUUAUUGUUGUCUUUGCCUUAUUGGGGAUGCAGCUGUUUGGCGGGCAGUUCAAUUUUGACGAGAAAACUCCUGCUACCAAUUUCGACACCUUUCCUGCAGCAAUAAUGACAGUUUUUCAGAUCUUAACUGGGGAAGACUGGAAUGCAGUGAUGUAUGAUGGCAUCAAGUCUCAGGGUGGAGUGAAAACUGGCAUGGUAUUUUCCAUCUAUUUCAUCAUCCUUACGCUUUUUGGGAACUACACUCUGCUGAAUGUCUUCUUGGCCAUCGCUGUGGACAAUCUUGCUAAUGCUCAGGAGCUGACGAAGGAUGAACAAGAAGAAGAAGAGGCAGCCAAUCAGAAGCUGGCCAUGCAAAAAGCAAAAGAAGUAGCAGAGGUCAGCCCCUUGUCUGCUACCAACAUGUCCAUUGCUGCAAAAGAGCAACAGAAGAACCAAAAGACUUCUAUGUCUGUUUGGGAGCAGCGCACAAAUGAGAUCCGCCGACAAAACUUGAUGAAUAGCAGGGAGGCUUUAUACAGUGAGCUUGAUCCAGAGGAGCGUUGGAAGCUCUCCUUCAUGAGGCCGGAUGUCAAGACUCAUUUGGAUCGGCCACUGGUGGUUGACCCCCAGGAGAACCGCAACAACAACACCAAUAAAACCCGUCCUGGUGAGGGAAGGAACCCCAUAGAACAACGCUUAUCCCAACAGCGAGCAGAAGACUAUUUAAGAAAACAAGCACGAUUUCAGGAACGUGGUGGGAGGGGAUAUGACAUGGGCCAAGAACCUGGGCGCCGUCCUCGAAUCAAGGAGCAGGAUAUAAUACGGGAUGGGCAGGACCUAGGGAUGCAAGACAGGACAGGAGAAAUGGAUGGAGGGAUUCGUCCCCCACAGGAUCCACACCGGCGACACCGGGGUGGUGGGAGCAAGGAAAGUCGAAGUGGUUCACCUCUGCCUAGGGGGGAUGGAGACCACAGAAGGCACAGGCCACAUCGCAGAACUGGAGAGGACAAUGAGGAUGCGGGUGGUGGUGGUGGUGGAGGGGGCAGGGGCGGAGGUGGUGGGGGAGACAGGAGACCUCGUCAUGGUAGGGAUGGAAUGAGGGUACGAGAAGGGGGUGGAGGAGAAAGUGAGGGUCCUGAGGGUGAGAGGAGGAGGAGGCAUCGACACGCGGCACAGUCCACUUACGAGAGCGAUGCCAAGAGGGAUGACAGAGAGAGGAGGCAUCGCAGAAGGAAGGAACCCACAGCCCCAACCCCAGGCUCUGGUGGGCCAAAUCUUUCCACAACGCGACCUAUUCAAGACCGUUCCCGGCAGGAGAACCAGAACCAGCAGCCUGAAAACAUGGAUAACAUUCGUAACACCAAACUUGUGACCAGUGAGCCGCCCGCAGGUGGUGGUGUGGGUGGUCUCAAUCACAGCCCAGCCAAAAUCGGUAACCACACCAAUUGUGCCAACAACAACAGUGUGCCCACUGGAAAUGCCACCCCCAGACGGACGCCUCAUCCAACCAAUUCAGGCCCUCCUCCUUCUGCUCCUGACCCCAGCCACACCUUUAGCAACCCUACAGAGACUGCCAAGGGGACGAAAACCACAGAACACACAACUGUGGAUAUUCCACCCCCAUUCCCUCCACCUGUGGAGAAUGCUAUUGGGCAAGCCAAUAAGAUUGUUGCAGUCUCCCCGCUUCCUAAAAAAGACGAUGAGAAAAAAGAAGAAGAGGAGGAUGAUGAUGAUGGAGAAAAGGGCCCUAAGCCGAUGCCCCCCUACAGCUCCAUGUUUAUUUUGUCUACUACUAACCCUCUUCGGCGACUGUGCCAUUACAUAGUCACUAUGCGAUACUUUGAAAUGUGCAUCUUGAUGGUGAUCGCAAUGAGCAGUAUAGCCCUCGCUGCUGAAGACCCAGUGCAGCCAGAUGCCCCCAGGAAUAACGUCUUGCGUUAUUUUGACUACGUCUUUACGGGAGUCUUCACUUUUGAGAUGGUUAUCAAGAUGGUCGAUCUGGGCCUCAUUCUACAUCAGGGAGCCUACUUCCGGGAUCUGUGGAACUUUUUAGAUUUCAUCGUCGUCUGCGGUGCUCUAGUGGCCUUCGCCUUUUCGAGCAAUCAGCGAGGUGGAAGCAAAGGAAAGGAUAUAAGUACCAUCAAGUCACUGCGUGUUCUGCGUGUCCUGCGUCCUCUGAAAACAAUCAAACGGCUUCCCAAGCUAAAGGCCGUGUUCGACUGCGUAGUCAACUCUCUGAAGAACGUUCUGAACAUUCUCAUUGUCUACAUGCUCUUCAUGUUCAUCUUCGCUGUUGUAGCCGUCCAGCUUUUCAAGGGGAAGUUCUUUUAUUGUACAGAUGAGUCCAAGGAAUUCCAGAGAGACUGCAGGGGAGAAUACCUGGUCUAUGACAAAAGUGAAGUUAAAGCACAGAAACGAGAGUGGAAGAAAUGGCCGUUCCAUUAUGACAAUGUGCUAUGGGCACUUCUCACCCUCUUUACUGUAUCUACAGGGGAAGGUUGGCCAGAUGUGCUCAGACAUUCUGUGGAUGCCACCUAUGAGGAUCAGGGUCCCAGGCCUGGUUUUCGGAUGGAGAUGUCUAUAUUUUAUGUGGUCUACUUUGUGGUCUUCCCUUUCUUCUUUGUCAACAUCUUUGUGGCCUUGAUUAUCAUAACUUUCCAGGAGCAGGGUGACAAAAUAAUGGAGGAGUACAGUUUGGAAAAGAAUGAGAGAGCUUGCAUAGACUUUGCUAUCAGUGCCAAGCCGCUGACGCGCCAUAUGCCGCAGAACAAGCAGAGCUUUCAGUAUCGCAUGUGGCAGUUUGUGGUGUCUCCCCCCUUUGAAUACACCAUCAUGGCUCUCAUCGCACUCAAUACGAUUGUGUUAAUGAUGAAGUUCCACGGAUCUUCUAAUACAUAUGAAAAUGUGCUGAAAACAUUCAACAUGGUCUUCACCUCCCUCUUCUCUCUUGAAUGCCUUCUCAAAAUAAUGGCUUUCGGUGCUCCGAAUUAUUUCCGGGACGCCUGGAACAUCUUUGAUUUUGUGACGGUUCUUGGGAGCAUCACGGAUAUUGUAGUGACUGAGCUCUGGGACAGCAUCAUCAACCUCAGCUUCCUCCGUCUGUUUCGAGCUGCCCGACUUAUUAAACUCCUGCGGCAGGGAUACACCAUUCGUAUUCUACUGUGGACCUUCGUCCAGUCCUUCAAGGCUCUACCCUACGUCUGCCUCCUGAUCGCUAUGCUGUUCUUUAUUUAUGCCAUCAUCGGCAUGCAGGUGUUCGGUAACAUUGCCUUGGAUGAAGAAGACGACGACACAGCUAUAACCGAGCACAAUAAUUUCCGCAACUUUUUCCAAGCUCUUAUGCUUCUCUUCCGCAGUGCCACGGGCGAGGCUUGGCAUGAAAUCAUGCUGUCCUGUUUGAGUGGGAGACCAUGUGACGUCGGGUCCGGAUUAAAGGAGAAGGAGUGCGGCAGUGAAUUUGCUUAUUUUUACUUUGUGUCGUUCAUAUUCCUCUGUUCCUUCCUGAUGUUAAACCUGUUUGUUGCUGUCAUCAUGGACAACUUUGAAUAUCUGACCCGUGAUUCAUCCAUCUUGGGCCCUCAUCACCUUGAUGAAUACGUGCGAGUAUGGGCGGAGUAUGAUCCUGCCGCUUGGGGUCGCAUGAAAUACACAGACUUGUAUGAGAUGCUCAGACUUAUCUCGCCUCCCUUGGGUCUGGGGAAGAAAUGCCCUGCUCGAGUUGCUUAUAAGAGGUUACUCCGAAUGGAUCUUCCUGUUGCUGACGAUAACACUGUGCAUUUCAACUCUACUCUGAUGGCUCUGAUUAGAACUGCGUUGGACAUCAAGAUUGCCAAGGGUGGGGCAGACAAGCAGCAGAUGGACAGUCAACUCAGAAAGGAAAUGAUGGCUAUUUGGCCAAACAUGUCCCAGAAAACACUGGACCUAUUGGUGACCCCACAUAAGUCUACUGACCUCACUGUUGGAAAGAUCUAUGCUGCCAUGAUGAUUAUGGAGUAUUACAGGCAGAGCAAAGCAAAAAGGCUUCAGGCUCUGCAGGAGGAACAGAACCGCACCCCUCUCAUGUUCCAGCGAAUGGAACCACCAUCGCCCACACAGGAUGGACCCUUAGGAAUCAAUGCUUUGCCGUCCUCCCAAGCUGGAGAAAUGGGGCUGCCUGAAGGGGGCAUGAAGGAGAGCCAGUCUUGGAUGACCCAACGGGCCCAGCAGAUGUUUCAGAAAACAGGGACCUGGAGCCCAGAGAGGGCGCGCACACAGGAAAAUACCAACAGCUGGCCAAAUUCCCAACAGUCUGUAGAGAUGAGUGACAUGGGUCGGGACGGUUACUCAGACAGCGAGCAGUACCUGGUCAUGGAGGGACAUGGAAGAGCCGCUUCAAUGCCACGGCUUCCAGCUGAUAACCAGCAGCGAAGGAAAACCCGAACCAGAGGGAGUAAUCUCAGUACUAUUACGGACGGGAGUCCUAUGAAACGUUCCGCCUCCAUGCUCGGCCACUCCCAGUCUAAAGGCAUCAGAUUGGAUGAGUAUUCAUUAGAGAGGGUUACACCUGAGGAAGGACCUCGCCAUGGGCACCAACGCAGGAGGGAGAGGGGACACAGGGUCUCUGACAGAUCCCUCACCCGAUAUGUGGAUCUGGAGUCAGGAUUGGGUACAGAGCUCAGCACUACAACACAGUCAUGUGAUCUCCCCACUGAAGAGCGUGGACGCACUCGAGAUCGGAAGCACCACCAUCACCACCACCACCAUCAUCAUCACCAUCAUCACCACCCCAGCACUGAACGGGAGAGAUUAGAGUACGGAAGGCCAAGCUCUCGCUCCCCCAGCACAGGGCGAGAUUAUGCUCCACACAGACAGGGCAGUAGUUCAGUGGAUGGCAGCCCCGUGCCCUCAACCUCUGGGGCCAGCACACCCCGCAGAGGAAGGCGACAGCUGCCCCAGCUGCCAACAACUCCCAGGCCACGAGUUACUUAUUCUCCAGUGGUCCGCCGGCCUGCCAGCGUUUGCUCUCCCCAGCAGCAGUCCUUGUGCAGAAUGACCACCCCUAUCCAACGGAGAUAUCCCCAGACUGAGAACCGUCCAAGCAGCAAUGAAAGACGGUCCGUUAACAAUGAUUCCCCCCGAUCCCAUCGUCACACAAGAGGACACUGCACGGAAGUCCCCCGCGCUGGAUGCAGGCACAGCGGCCCUUAUCGAGAUUCCUCUUUUGAGGACCCUCAUCCCUGCGAUCAGCGCUCCUCCAGGACUGCCGAGUCUGGGGGGGUACCCCCUCUCUCACCGCGCGGGCGCAGGUUGCCCAAUGGUUACUCUCAUGGGACCCCGCGAUCCACAAAAUCACGUCAUGAACGUUACAGUGAGAGUGAGGAGGAUGACUGGUGCUAAAAAAUUAUAUAUUAAAGACAAACAAACAAAAAAAAGAACUUAAAUCUAGCAGGGAAAUCAAAGACACAUCUGCAAGGAGUGAAACUGGGGAAGCGGUGUACGACCCACCCCCCCGACACACACACCCCACGCACUCCGAGGAAACAAAUCAAUGAAAAAUCACUCCAUUGUAUCCUUCCAUAUUUUGAAAAAAGCGGAAGGGGCGCCCUCACAGCAUGCGUUUUGUAAUGCAGUAUAUUUUGGGAGGGCAUCUGUGUUUUGAAAGGGAGUAGGUGACACUCAGGAGGAUUAAGCAACAAGUUUACCACCAAAAUGUAACCCCUGACCCCAAGCACCUCCCCAUUGCGCUACAUUGAACGAUCUCCACUGGUCGAACUUUCCAACAAGAAAGGAAAAAAAAAAAAAACCGACACAGCAAAAUCGGAGUGAGAGAGUUUAUAAAAGCUGCAGAGAACUUUUGGGAAAAAUGUACAAAAAAAAAUGGUAUUAUUUAAUUUUAUUUUUUUUUGGAUUUGUAUUGAUGAGUUUUAUCAUCCAAAAGAUUGGAUAAAAUGUAGUGUGCCAGUUAAUGCAAUGGAGCGAGAGCACGCAGAUGCACACACGUGAGUGUUCGGCGCUCAUAUUUGUUAAUAUUGCCUGCGGAAAUGAGAAUUAACAAAAAAAAAAACAAAAAAAACGACAAAAAAAAAGUUGGAGAAAAAAAAAAAUCAACAAAAAAAAGCAGCAUUUGAUUCAACAUCUAAUUUUUUGCUUGAAAGUCCCAAACACAAGACCGAAUUUUUUUUUUCUUUUGCUUUGCUUUAUUUGAAAAAAGAAAAAAAAAAAAAAGCUUUUUUUUUUCCCGAAUUUGUUUGAAAAAAAAAAAAAAAACGUUAGAUCCGGAGUGUGGCGGAUGCAUGAAUAUUAUAAAUGGCAAAAAAAUUGUUAAAUAUAUAUACAUAUAUUGAAUAUAAAAA